GGAGAGAUGGAGAGCAUGUUGGAUGGCAAUGGAGCAGGGAGCUGCCUGGUGAUGACCGAGCUGAGCCGCAUCAAAGAGCUUGUGAGGCAGCUUGACGGGCACCUGGGAGGCUGUCCCGACCUCUGCAAGCACCUGGCCGCGCAGAUCGUCACCGUCACCGAGAAAUCCAUCGGCAUGAUUAUGUCCGGGCACUUCCACGGCGCGAAGCGCUCAGCCACCGACGCCAGCAUCGACUCGCCGGCUGUCCCCGCGACGCCUAGCCCCCUCGGUGGCGCCUGCGGCAUGCCUAAGAAGAGGAAGACGAUGGAGAAAGGGGAGCGUCGGGUCAGGGUAAGCUCGGCGGAUGCCCGAGAGGACGACGGCUACAGCUGGAGGAAGUACGGGCAGAAGGAGAUCCUUGGAGCCCAGCACCCAAGGGGAUACUACCGCUGCACCUAUCGAGCAUCUCAAGGAUGCGCGGCGACGAAGCAGGUGCAGCGCGCCGACGGGGACCCAACGCUCUACGACGUGACCUACCACGGCACGCACACGUGCCUGCAUAAGACGGCGGCGGCAGCCAAGAUGCAGCCGGCGAUGCCGAACACGGACGGUCUGACGGUGAACACCGAGGGGCUCACGUCCGGAGCUCAGCAAUCCACGCCCUUCAGUUUCUCCUCGCCGGCGGUGAGUGGACUGACACCGCCGCCAGAGCACUACCCAUUCUCGACGGCGUCGACGCCGGAGGACUGUUUCGGGCAAGGCGUGUCGCUCUUGCCGUUGUCCCAGCUUGAACUCUCACCGGCGACCUCGGACUGGAGCUACAUCCCCAUGAACCCGUUCGAUGAGGAUUUGAGGGCGCAGUCUGAGCUCCAAGAAAUGGUGUCCGCGCUACUCGAUGUAACGAGUAUGCGGGAGACCGCCUUCUCCCUCGACGAUUUGUUCGACCCGAACUUUGACGUUUCUUUCAUCCUUGCAGAGAUGUGAUGGACAGGAGAGAACACUGGAAGAAAAACAAGAGAAAAAAAAAACGCAAAGUAGAUAA